AUGCAUCGAGCAGCGAUACGGGCGCUCCGUGCAACCCACCGAAGUACGGCGCGAGGGCUGUCUCAUGGUCGCAGUGCCGGACGCAACCAGCGGUGUCUGUCGCAGUCCAGUCCCAGUUCCCAACCUCAGUCUUCCCCGACAUCACCUUACUCCGCCCAGGAAAUCCAUUCCGAACUGCCUCAACCUCCCCUCCAGUCCUCCAUGUAUUUCCGACGCGUCUCCGUCGCCCUGGUCUCGGGGUUGGUCGGUUAUGGCGCCUGGUACAGCUACAACGGCACCUCCGCCGAUCACGGCCAGCCAUUGUCACGGGGUUUCACGACGACCAGCACAAUAGACCACUCUGCGGAGCCCACGCGCCACGUCUUGGUCAUCGGCGCCGACGAGCUACACAAGGCGACGGUCGUCGGUGACGGACCAAUCUCCAAGAUGACAAACCACGAUGGCAGGAGAGUUCUCGAGAUAAUAAAUCCAGAACAGGCUACCGAGGUGUUGCGCAAGUCCGAGGAAUCGUACCUGGUCAACCGCGGUCAGGGAGUCGUGCGGUAUGAUUUGGUCCAGCUGCCGAGUAACAACCCCAUCGAGGAUGAUCACGACGAGAAGAUUGUUGAGGUGCCGAGCCGCAUGGAAGGCGCGUCGAAUGCGGAAAGCAGUGACUGGAUGUUUUGGGGCGUGUUCGACGGUCAUGCUGGAUGGACCACCUCUGCCAAGCUUCGUCAGACCCUGAUCAGCGUCGUGGCCAACCAACUCAACGAAACCUACAAGGCAGCCCCUGGCAUGUCUCCCGCAGCUGAGGCCAUCGACAAGGCCAUCAAGGCCGGCUUCACCAAGCUCGACGACGAGAUUGUACAUCAGAGCGUCGAGAAGGUCCUGAAAUCCGGCUCCAAGACACUGGCCGCAGAGCUGCUCCAGCCGGCCCUGUCGGGCUCAUGCGCUCUUCUCUCCUUCUACGACAGCCGAUCCAAGCUCCUCCGCGUGGCAUGCACCGGCGACUCGCGUGCUGUGCUCGGCCGCCGAUCCGAGUCCGGCAAGUGGACCGCCACCGCUCUCUCCGUGGACCAGACCGGAAGCAAUCCGGACGAAGUCGCGCGGAUGCGGAAGCGCCAUCCCGGUGAGGACGAGGUCAUCAAACACGGCCGCGUCCUCGGCGGCCUGGAACCCACGCGUGCCUUCGGCGACGCCACCUAUAAAUGGAGCCGCGACAUCUCGACCCGUCUGCGCAACGCCUUCUUCGGGCGGACCCCGUCUCCCCGCCUGAAGACCCCUCCCUACGUCACGGCCGAACCUGUCGUGACAACUACCAAGAUCGAGCCGGAAAACGGCGACUUCCUCGUCAUGGCCAGCGACGGCCUCUGGGAGAUGCUGACGAACGAGGAGGUCGUCGGCCUCGUCGGCAAGUGGAUAGAGACCCAUGGAAUCAGCGGCAGCGGUUCGGGCAGCUCCGGCCCGUCGAACAUGGAGUCGGUCUGGGCCAAGAUCUUCGGCUCGUCGAAGCAGGCGCAGCUUCCGAUCGAGCAGGGCGGCGACAACGCUGCCGAUGGGCAGAAGACGCCCAUUCGGGUGCAGCAGUGGGGCCUCUCACCCGACGCCUCCGGCAGGUUCGUCGUCAAGGACGAGAACGUAGCUACGCAUCUCGUGCGGAACGCUCUCGGCGGCAAGAAUGAGGAGCAGGUCUGCUCCCUCCUAACGCUUCCCGCUCCGUUUUCCCGCAGAUAUCGGGACGACCUGACAGUUCAGGUCAUCUUCUUCGGCAAUAGCAUCAAGACGGGCAACGGCGAGGUGGUCCCCAAUGUGGAGGCCAUGGCUCCUCUGUCUCAGCCCGCCAAAGCUAAGCUCUAA